AUUGACCUAUAAAUAACAUAUAUGUGAAAAAACAUGCGAUAUUAGAUGCAACAACCAGUGUCCAGUGGAGGGGAAGUUGGGUCCAGAGCUUCCUCGUAUUUACAGGCUAGUCCGGACGGUGAGCAACACGGGCGGUUGCCCAAGGCCCAUGUCUCCAAGUGGCCAAAAUUUCUAGAAUAUAUGAUAUUGUGUUGCUUUCUAAUGGAAAAAGAACAAUACCUAAAGAUGCCGCUCAAGAGGAUAAUAUUAGCUGUAAUGUUGUAUGUUCCGUUUUGUAUGGCUUCUCUCGGAGUUUCUAAGGUUGGAUUAUGGGGAACUAAAUCUAAUGAAGAUCCCCAAAAUCGUUGGGAUUUCUUACUUGAAAAAGAUCAUAAACUGAGGUACAUAACUGUUGAUCAUGAUGAUCUAAUAUACUCUCUUGUGUUUACUACUAAAUCAAAGGGUUUUCAGUACACUGCACACAUGGUUGGUGGUUGGAAUGGCGGCGUCAGAAUUUCUAAGGUUGUUUUUGAAGAUGAUGAGGAAAUAAUUGGCAUUGAUGGAACAGUUGGGGUAUCAACUGGGGAAUAUGAUGGUUAUACAAUAAUUUCGUCACUAUCUUUUGUUACGAACAAGAAGACUCAUGGACCUUUUGGUCGAAAAACACAUACUCCUUUCACUGUACCAUGGGUAAGAGGAAGUUUUGGUGGAUUUUAUGGCCUUGCAGGCUACUAUAUUGAUGCAAUCGGUGUCUACAUCACGACUUCAUCUGACAAAAUUGCACGAGUUGGAAUUUGGGGAACAAAAUCUCCUGGAGGUCCCCAAAACAAGUGGUCUUUUCAACUUGAGAGAAAUCAUCGUCUGAAGAAGAUAACCAUUGAUCAUGGUGAUCUUAUAUACUCCCUUAUGUUCACUACAAAAUUUAAGGGCGUAGAGAAAACUUCUAACAAGGCUGGUGGAUGGAAUGGUGGAGACAUAGUCUCUGAGGUUCACAGUUAUUGUAUCAUUAUUGGUCCAGGAUCUUGUUGCUAUCUCACCCAUCGAACCGGGACCACUAGCUACAGUUUGGGAUUUCAUACUUGGGAUCAGAUGCUGGUAGCUUAAAGGGGUAAGUGAUCAUGGCCAGGUAGUUUCAUGAAGAAUUAUGCAUACAAUACUAACAAUUGUAGGAUAUAUUAUAGCAAUGGAUGUUCUUAGCCUUGCGGUCACUACCGCCGAGAGGAUCACACUUGAUCAUGUUUGAACCGUUAGGAUGAAGCACUGGUGCUUGUCCCCGAGUAGAAUCCAUAUCCGGUCUCUUUACAUCACCAUAUCUUUUUGCGAUUUUCUUAGAAUUUUAGAGAGUCUUUUAGUCCACAUUUGGAUAUUUUCAUCAUCUUUGAAAAACCACAAGUUUGAAAAGGAGCUUACAUUACAUCUUUAUGUUCCACACAUGGUCAUUUUCACACUUAGGCCAUUCGGAUUAUAUCAUUACCCUUUCGGUUCCACUUACACACUUUUGGGAGCCAAAUUUUGAGUCAAAGGGUUUUCUUGUUAAAAUUUCGAUUGUUAAUAUAUUACCUUCAAGUAUCACAACAAAAAAAAGCAUGCAAAUUUUCAGCUGCAACUAUCUUAGAUAGGUGGCCGGUUCAAUUAUUGAACAAAUUUUCCAACAUCUUGGUCACCCGGCGUUUGAUAUUCAUUUGUAUAGGCCUGUUUUAUUGUAUAUAGAUCGAGUUGUUUUUUUCGCAAAUUGGUGAUGUUAGGGAGACUGUCGAGUCGAAUACUACAGGAGGUUUGGACCAACACCAAGUGAGCCGAUUCCUACAACGAUGCCCGAGCGAUUAAACCUAGUCACACAUGAGAGAAACCGGCAGACGUGAGAUCAGAGUGUGCACUUAAUGAAGAGCUCCACCCGAGCCCAGCCAGUUGCUUUCUCCCUACUACAGAUGUUCUUCAUUGUAUGCAUGUUCCAUUAAGACUGCGACUGACCAUCCCUCCUUAUUCAUCUAGAGGAGUUGUCCUGGCUGUGGUUUAUGGUCCCAUUGUCAUCGGAUGAAAAAGUUGUGAGAUAGCAGCGAGAUCAAUCCUGACCAUGUUGACUAACGUCGAACAGGUUCCAUGGUUCUAUCCAUUCUUUUUAUUUCUAGGGUAGUUCGUCCCAAGUUCAUUUUAGUCUUGUCUUACUUGAGGACAAGUAAGGUUUGAUCUUGGGGUGAUUUGAUAGCUUCAUUUUAUUUACUUCUUUUUUAUAGUUUUUUUAGCACAUUCCGUUCGCAUUUUAGUUAAUUUCCAUGCAUAUUUUCCUUUUUGUUAUUUUUAUGACCAUUUCGGAUACUUUCAAGUUUCUUGAGCAUUAUUGCAGAUUUUAAGGAAACUAGAGGAGGGGGAGUGUGCGGGAUCAUUUGGAAGGCGAUUGGACUUGAAGAGCAGUGGGGAAUUCGUGCUUGAUAGCUGUGGAGGUGAUUCAAGGAGUAGGCUUGUCGAUUGUUUGAAGGCACAGAAGUGUUGAACUUUAAAUUUGAAAGGGCGCGGGAGAAUUCUUGAGUGUGCAAGAUCGAUGUCUAGGAGUUUGCGGAAGUUUUGAGUGAUGUGGAGAGAAGAAUUGGGCUUUAAUUGAAGAAAAAUUAAAGAAAAAUGGGCUAGAAGCUGUUUGGAUUCGAACUAGGCCAAUGGAUUAGCUGUGGGGGCCCAAGACUUGAAGAAGCCCAAAAAUUUCGUCGAAGUCACGUGGCCCGCGUAAGAUUCCCCGCGGCCCGCGUGGAUUCCUGACAAGGGCAAUUUCUGGAUUUUACUUAGAGCUUUAUAUUGGGAAGGUUGGCGUGCCUCUUCAGCCUUAUCUUGGAGGUCCGAGUUUGACACUUUCUCUUUGGAGUUUUGAGUACUUUUGAGGGCCAAGAACACCUCAAGAACAUCUUGAUUUCACCUCUUGAUUAUUGUAAAAUGUUUGGUACAAUCUUCUCUAACUUUGUUUCUUUGAGUUUAGCCAUGCGUGGCUAAACUAAUCUUGGUUGACUUCUUGUUGAAUCCUUUGAACUUUUGUUGAAUGUUGAAGAAUCCAUGAACGUGUUCUUAAAUCUUUAUGGAAA